GCGGUGUCCAAAUCAAUACUCUCCUUGGUUCUGGAUCUGAAUCUGUCUCUCAGUCGCCGGAUUGGUAGAAGUCAGUCACGCUGCGUGGUGUCUCUCUUUCAAACGUAAUGUCCGAGGUUCACCCCACUUCAGGUCUCCUUUCAGCCGGGAUUUUGGAGCAAUGGCAUGGAGGGGUGACUUGCCGUUUGCAAUCAACCUUCCAGGGCCCCUCCCCCGCAAUCAUCAUCGUCCCCGGUAUCAAACCGCGUUGCACGCGGAGCAAAACACCAAUCGAGACCACACAAAGACGAUCCCCAAGAUGUCGAGCUACGACAAGUACCAGACCCCUCUCAGCACGAGGUAUGCCUCGCAGGAGAUGAUGACCAUCUUCUCGGCCCGCGAGCGUGCCAGCACCUGGCGCCAGCUCUGGGUCUGGCUCGCCGAGGCCGAGAAGGAGCUGGGUCUCCCCAUCCCCGACGAAGCCCUCGAGCAGAUGCGCGCCAACGUCGUCGUCUCCGACAAGGCCUUUGCCGUUGCACGGGAUUACGAGGCCAAGUUUCGGCAUGAUGUCAUGGCUCAUGUCCAUGCAUAUGGUGAGGACGCCCCUGCUGCCGCUGGCCAUAUCCACCUUGGUGCCACUAGCUGCUAUGUCACCGACAAUGCCGAUUUGAUCUUCCAGCAGCGUGCGCUGGAUCUCCUCCUCCCCAAGCUGGCCAAGGUCAUCAAGAACCUGCAGGAGUUUGCCCUCAAGUACAAGGACAUGCCGACCCUCGGCUUCACGCACUACCAGCCGGCUCAACUCAUUACUGUCGGCAAGCGCGCCGCGCAGUGGAUCCAGGAACUCAUGAUGGAUCUGGAGGAUAUCGAGACCGUGCGCGAGAGGCUUCAGUUCAGAGGCGCCCAAGGCACCACCGGCUCGCAAGCGACCUUCCUCGAGCUGUUCAACGGUGACGCGGAGAAGAUCAAGCAACUCAACGAGAUCCUCUGCAAGAAGGCUGGAUUCCGGUCCACCUACGCCAUCUCAACCCAGACCUACACGAGAAAGGUCGACCUCCGGGUCGCCAACGCCGUUUGUGCUCUCGGUGCCACAGCGGAACGCAUUUGCUCCGAUAUCCGUCAUCUGGCCAAUCUGAAGGAGAUGGAGGAGCCGUUCGAGAAGAGCCAGAUUGGAAGCUCAGCCAUGGCUUACAAGAGGAACCCGAUGAGGUCCGAACGCAUCACUGCCCUCGGCCGCAAGCUCGCGCGUCUGCCGGCCAACUUUACUGCCACAUUCGAGACUCAGUGGUUUGAGAGAACGCUCGACGACAGCGCGAUUCGCCGGAUGGACAUUCCUGAGAUGUUCCUGCUUGCCGACUCGAUCCUGCUGGCGCUGGAUAACGUCACGAAUGGCCUUGUCAUCUACCCGAACGUCAUCCGGGCUCACAUUGAUCAGGAGCUCCCGUUCAUGGCUACCGAGUCUAUCCUGAUGAAGCUUGCCGGCCAUGGCGUCUCCCGUCAGGAGGCCCACGAGGAGAUCCGCGUUCUGUCUCACCAAGCCAGCGAUGUCGUCAAGCAACAGGGCGGCCGCAACGACCUGCUCGAGCGCAUCAAGAAGACCGAGUUCUUCAAGCCUGUCUGGAAUGACAUCGACAGCCUGGUUGACCCCAAGCUGUUCAUCGGCAACUGCCCCCAGAUCGUCGAGGACUACUGCAACGGCGAGGUCGCCGCGAAGCUGGCCAGGUACAAGGAGGCACUCGACAAAGCCUCGACAGCGCAGCUUUCGAUUUGAUACAGCUUUGGUGUGUUUCUUAGGCCUAGAGGAAGGACUGAUAAAAGUGCUUUUAUUGUCAAUGAUAAGUAUUAGAAUAAAGUAGCAUGCAAGCCAGUCUCCGUUUCCUGGAUAGAAGGCUUUUCUCGUUUACAAGGGACCCUCAUCUUCGCUCACAGGCGUCCACGAGGGCUGCCAGUCGUUCAUCCUCCUUGUAAGGGAAGCCGGGAGGCCGACGGCUCAACUUGCAACCCAUAUGCGUGCUAAUCAUGAACAACCCUGAUGUCUACAAUGAGGGGGUAUUCCUCCUUUCUCAUCACUGACGCAGCGAGCAGAAGUUCAAGAUCUGGGAAAGGAA